AAAUGAACAACCAGAUGGUUUAACUCAAAUUGAGAGAGAUGGUGCGUGCAUGAACUGGUGAGUUCUUCUUGCGAUCUCUUUCAUUUCAGUCAUGUUUGUUUAUCUCUGCAGAACCCUAAUCAAUUUGAGAACUUUCUAUGGAGAUUUGGCCUCUCAAUCCUGCGUUCUUCAGCAGCCAUGGCCAUUUCUAACAAGAUCAAUCUCAAGUCGCACCUCGCAUCAGCAUUCUUUUGCAGCUUCUUACCUCAUAAACACUUUUAGGUUCUCGCAGGAAGCUGCUGUAAAGGCUACCAAGUAUGUCAAUUUCGACUCCUCAGAGGGGCCGGACUCGGCCAUCGCCUUUUUCGAGAGCAAAGGAUUCUCUAGAAACCAAAUCUCCAGUCUCAUCAGAAAAGUUCCGCGGAUUCUGGUAUCGUAUAAUCCCGAGAAAAUCCUUCUUCCCAAAUUCCAAUUUAUGUAUUCAAUUGGCAUUUCAAGCUCCGAUCUUGCCAGAACCGUAACUUCAUACCCAGAUGUUCUGAGAAGAAGCUUAGAGAAACAACUCAUUCCUUCUGUUAAUUUCUUGAGGGAUUUGCUUCGCUCAGAUGAGAGAGUCGUCCUUGCUUUUAGGCGCUUCCCGGAUAUAUUCGCGCAUGAUCUUUCAAAAAAUGUGGAACCAAACGUUAAGAUCUUGCGAGAGUGUGGAGUACCCGAGUCGAAUAUUGCGGAUUUAGUAACUUGGCAUCCUAGGGCUAUCUUAGAAAAGAAUGAUUCGUUUAGAGAGGUUGUCAAUAGCGUAAGGAAAAUGGGUUUUAACCCUUCGAAGGGGGUGUUUGUUCUAGCAGUAAAUGCAAUGGCGUCAAUGAGCAAAAAGAAAUGGGAAAAGAAGAUGGAGGCAUAUAGGAGUUGGGGUUGGUCUGAGGAAGACAUUCUUGUUGCUUUUGGGAAGCAUCCGUGGUGUAUGAUUACAUCGGAGGACAAGAUAAUGGCAGUCAUGGAUUUUUUCGUCAAUACAAUGGGUUGGGACUCUUAUCUAAUUUCCAGAAACCCUAUAAUCCUUACAUUGAGCUUGAAGAAGAGAAUCAUUCCUAGGUGUUUAGUUUUUCACGCUCUGUUGUCUAAGGGAUUGUAUAAGAAAGAGCUUAGAAUCCAUGCACUGUUGAAUUCCCCUGAAGAGUAUUUCCUAAAGAGAUUUGUUACUUGUCAUGAGAAGGAAGCUCCUCAGUUGUUGAAGCUAUACAAGAAGAAAUUGAAUUGCCCUACAUAAGCAUCCGGUUCUGUGAGAAAGUGUGUGUUGAAAUAGUUGUAGUAUGUCAGCAUUAACUUGCAAAAUUAUGUCAUAUUCUCUGUUUUGUUACUUUCUUCUGUUGAUUUUCUUUGGUCUCAAAAGGCAGGAGCAACCAUGAUGCUUGCGCCAUUUUGAAAAUUUAGUUUAUUUUUUAUCUGUGAUAGAGUUUGAUUUCCAGCGAAGUAAUGUUUACCUGUUUGUUCUAAUUCAGUUGCCUAGUGUAAUUCCCUUUGCUUUCUUUUAGCCUAGUUUAAAUUUCUUAUUUUAAGGGCAGUGUGAAUUUUUUCAAAACCUUUUCUAAAUUUUCACCGUUGCUUGUGGCCGUUGAGUGCAGACGCAAAGACAAUUUACAAAGAUCUAGUCAUCAAAUUCCUGAAAUUGUCUGUGGUUUGCCCAGUGGGGGCUGAGGAUGGACAAGCUUCCUUAGCUGUCCUAACAGACUGGUUUCAGAAAUGUUCCAUCUUAAUUGUGUUCUUCCUUCGUGUUUGAUAAUCAAGACAACAUGUGCUGCGAUUUUCAGGAACAUAUGGAAUCUCCAUUAUUCUUUUCAUAAUUCAGACAGAAGGAUUUGAAUGAGACAUUUCUUAGGAGAGGUCAAGAUUGGGAAAUUAAGUGUUAUUAUUUCUUUGCUACACUUAUAUGCGAGCUGGGUCAUCCAAGGUGGGGAAGAUGUAAUGAGGUGGAAGAGAUCUAAGAGUGAGAUUUUUUGAGGUCAAAUCUUUCAAACGCAUCAUUAGCAAUGAGACACUUGAGAGUGGUGAGUGUGCUUUCAUCUGGAAAACUGUUUGGCAGACACUUGAUCCUUCCAGAGUUGUGGUUCUAAUGAGGUCUCUUGGCAGGAAAGAAGCAGAAGCUUUUGAAGGUUUUGUUUUUUGGGGUGCAGAGGAGAUGAUAGGGAGUAGUUCUGCACUUCUACACUAUGAAUCAGCAUUUGACAUGAAGCCAAGAAGUAUAACUUCUAUCAUUUUGUUCAUUAUCUGCUAAAAGGCAGCUGGCUGACUUUUAGUCUUUUAAUGACGAUUAAUUUGCUCAGAGGAAAAAGACUGUAGUUUGUAAAAUUCACUAAAUAAUAUGCCUACUAAUAUUUAGGUGAUGGAAGUUCUGUAAUAUGUUUAUAUUUUGUGCUGUGUUAAACUUUUCCUGAAUUUGGAAUCAUGAUAGGUUUGAGUGUGGGAUUCAUUCUAAUGAGAUCAGUUCUAAAUUUGAAAAAUUAA